AUGUUUAUUACCUUUGAUAGAAUCGGAAUUCAAUAUGUCCCCUGUAGACCGGCCAAUGGUGUAGUCCUCGGCUUUGGGAAUGUCGUCGCAUUGAGGGAUGUUGCGAGGGCUUCCGAGCGGAAGAGCGCCCACGCCUUCCUCACACGAACGACUUGA